GCACAGCUUCUAUCUGCUUCAGUUUUGGAAGGAGUACCACAGCGGCAAGAGAAUGAAGUGCGAUAACCCCGUCAACAGAUAAUGAGUGAACCAACGACGGUUUCGCAACAGCAGCCUCCGCAUUGCUCCAACUCAGGCAUAAAAAAAACAACAACACCUGCAUUUGGACUCAGCCUCUUCGCUCCAAGCUCUAACACAGUUCAGUCAGUCUCUGCUCCGCUGCCAACACGUGCGGUUGUGUUUGUAUCAUCUCAGGGGGACCGUUUUUUUAUAUUUGUCAACGCACGUCAUACAUGUAUGCACACAAUUUCUGGAUUUGAAACAAUUACAGCCCGCGCCUGAAGAGUGUGAGUCGUGAUUUGGAAUGGAUCUGUGAAAGGCUUAGAAAUUCUGUGUACCUAAAUGGAGCAACACUGGGGGUAAAAUCCUUGAGCAUCGCGCAAAGGCUUGGGACUGGCCGUGGCUGGGCAUUGAGGCAUGAGCCGGCAAUCGUCUGCACGAGUGGCAGCAACAUGAACCACUACCCCACCACUGCAAAUGUAUACUGAAGUAUGUGUAGCUAUUUUUACGAUACUCAGAUGAAAAGAUGCACCCUACCUGAGUUUCCAUCUACGCUCUUCUUUCUAACCCAUCACCCUUGACCUCUGACCUUCAUAGCUCUCAGUUGCCAUCCCAUCAUGACCUUGCUGUGCCGUGGACGCCUGAAGCUUUUAGUAGCGUCACUAAUGACCAUCGUGCUGAUUACCGGGCUCUACCUGCUAUCUGGAAGCCUAGAGAACGGUCGGUCCCUGUUCCUUCCUCCCUGUUUGGCGGACACACCUGCAUCUCUGUUCUUGGAACGAGCCAUCCUAGAGUCACGGGUUCGAGAGGUGGAAGAAGAGAACAGGCAGAUGAGACUACAGCUUAGCCAGUCACAGAGCACUGCUACCCAGUCAGCUGAGAGAAACUAUGGCAACCAGCAGUGGGGCGCCUCUGCUGACACUGUACCAGAGGACGGGUAUAACACAGCAGAGGAGAAGAACAACAACACUGAUUGUCCAAGAUUGCCUACCGUCCAGAAGUGUGAGGUAAUACAUGUCGCCUGCGUUUGUGCUGGACACAACGCCAGUAGAGACAUGGUGACACUAGUCAAGUCUGUCCUCUUUCACAGGAGAAACCCUCUUCACUUUCAUUUUAUCACUGAUGCUGUGGCCAACCAAAUUUUGAGCUCCCUGUUUCAGUCCUGGAUGGUCCCAUCUGUGCAAGUUAGCUUUUAUGAUGCAGAAGAACUCAAGUCUGAGGUGUCAUGGAUACCAAACAAGCAUUACUCAGGUAUUUAUGGCUUGAUGAAGCUGACUCUAACCAAAGCCCUGCCACCUGACCUGUCAAAGGUUAUUGUCCUGGAUACAGACAUCACAUUUGCCACUGAUAUUGCUGAGCUCUGGGGUAUUUUCAGAAAGUUCACAGAUAAACAGGUUAUUGGUCUUGUGGAGAACCAGAGUGAUUGGUACCUUGGAAACCUGUGGAAAAAUCACAAACCAUGGCCUGCACUCGGCCGAGGCUUUAACACAGGUGUCAUUCUUUUAUACCUGGAGCGGUUGCGACAAAUCAGAUGGGAGCAGAUGUGGCGUCUGACAGCAGAGAAAGAGUUAAUGAGCAUGCUCAGUACAUCUCUGGCUGAUCAGGACAUCUUCAAUGCAUUCAUAAAGCAGAACCCAGUCUUGGUCCACCAGUUGCCCUGCUUCUGGAAUGUUCAGCUGUCUGAUCACACUCGCUCCGAGCUGUGCUACACUGAGGUUUCCGACCUCAAGGUAAUCCACUGGAACUCGCCAAAGAAGCUUCGUGUGAAGAAUAAGCAUGUCGAGUUUUUCAGAAACCUUUAUCUCACCUUCUUGGAGUAUGAUGGGAACCUGCUGCGGAGGGAGCUGUUUGGCUGCUCAAGUCAGGCCAGCCCAGAGAGCAUCCAGCUGCAGACUGCUCUGGAGGAGCUGGAUGAGGAUGAUCAGUGUUAUGACUUCCGCCGUGAGCGACUCACCGUUCACAGAGUCCAUCUUUACUUCCUACAGUAUGAAUAUACGCCGACAGAGGAGGAGAAUGAUGUCACUCUUGUGGCUCAACUCUCCAUGGAUAGGCUACAGAUGCUGGAGGCCAUUUGCAAGCACUGGGAAGGACCCAUCAGCUUGGCGCUUUACAUGUCUGACACAGAAGCUCAGCAGUUCCUACGCUAUGCUCAAGCCUCAGAGGUCCUAAAAAACCGUAAGAACAUAGGCUAUCACAUUGUUUAUAAGGAGGGCCAGUUCUACCCCGUCAACCUGGUGAGGAAUGUUGCCCUGAAGAAUGCAAACACCCCCUACGUUUUCCUGACGGAUGUGGACUUCUUACCAAUGUAUGGUCUCUAUGAUUACCUCAGAAAAACUGUCAUGCAGUUGGAUUUGGCAAAUCAUAAGAAGGCUCUGGUGGUUCCAGCUUUCGAGACACUGCGUUAUCGCUUGUCCUUCCCCAAAUCCAAAGCAGAGCUACUCUCCAUGCUGGACAUGGGGACUCUUUAUACCUUCAGGUAUCACGUGUGGCCUAAAGGCCACGCCCCUUCCAACUAUGCCAAAUGGAGGACAGCCACCACACCAUAUAAGGUUGACUGGGACCCAGACUUUGAACCUUAUGUUGUCGUAAAACGACAUUGUCCGGAAUAUGAUCAGCGCUUUGUGGGCUUUGGCUGGAACAAAGUUUCCCAUAUCAUCGAGCUGGACGCACAGGAGUAUGACCUUAUGGUUCUUCCAAAUGCUUUCAUGAUCCACAUGCCCCACGCGCCCAGCUUUGACAUCUCCAAGUUUCGCUCGAGCUCGAGCUACCGCAACUGCCUGAAAACCUUAAAAGAGGAGUUCCACCAGGACUUGUCCAGGAAGUAUGGCUCAGCUGCUCUCAAGUACCUAACUGCCCAGAGGAACAUCUAAACAAUGCUGUCAGACACUUUUUCACGAGAGACAGAGUUCGCACAUAUAUUGAUUUGAUCUCCUGCCAUGGAGAUGGCAAAGCUUACAGCCCAUUUCAGACAUUCUGAGCCCCUGUGCUAACAUCAUCGUGAUAAGUUUACCAAGACGGUGGAUACUCUCAUUUGCAGGAUUCACUGGGCUGAUCCAAUAUUGAUACUGAAUCAACUAGCUUUAAAGCGUGAUUGAAAACUACAGUAUGUUAUGAUUUGUUUUGACAAUCAGGGAUAUUUCAAAUAUACGUGAUCCAGUGGACAGUACUCACAUUGAUAACUGGAAACCAAGUUCAAGGACACAGAGCAAGCACCACCGAGCCAUUUGGGGGGUAGUUUACAUUAAAAAGGUGAAUUGGUUGUGGAGGUCAGUCAAACUGGAGGAAAUGUUUAGGCCUUAUGACUGAUAGUAUUUACGAAAAUAUUUACUAUUUUCAUAUUUAGUCAAAUACAAACCCAUGAACUUAUACAAGUGAUCGGGUUAAUUCAUCAUUCUUUUUGAGACCUUUGAAAUGUUAUCCAUCCAAGACCAAUUUAAUUAAUUUAGACAAUAUUUUAGCUUCAGGGACUGUCUGUGUGUCUGCAUGUGUAUAUACUGUGUGUGUGUGUGGGUGUGUGUGUGUGUGUAUAUAUAUAUAUAUAUAUAUAUAUACAGUAUAUAUACACACAGUACUGUAGGUGCCGCACAUACAACUACACAUUUCUUGUACUCAUCAUCAGGGUUAUUAUGGUGGGGUAUGAAUGACUACCAAUUUGCUUAAGUGUCAGCACCUGUACCACAUGUUCAUGUGGUAAUUUCACAUGUGAAAAAUGAUAAGAAUGGUUAUCUCAAUAAUCCAUAAGGCUUCUUUAUACUCGCUCGGUGCCGUGACCGAGCUGACGUCACCGCUGCUAUCCCGCGCACCGUUUGCCUUUAUACUCAAGCGCAACGCACACACGCUGUUUUGAAAAUGUACUGCAGUUCACCUCCAAGUUGGGGGUGUCGCUACGGCUGUUAUUGGCUAGGACACCACAGGGUGGAGUUUCCUCUGCAUUUUUUGGCCAUUUCCAGUAGCCGUUUUUACUUUCCUUUCCGUAACAAGGAACAAAGCAACAACAAUGGCGACCAUGGAACUGUGUCUGCUAGAACAAAUGGACCUAGAUGACCAGCUGAUACGUUUAAUUAUGCUGCAAAAUCGAUCAAGGGGGCGGCGGCGUAGAUGGUAUGUAGAACCAAGGGGAACGCUGAGUACGUCAUCACAGCAUGUGACUAAAACGAGCCGAUCACAAGAGAUGAUCUCCGUGUGCGCGUCAAGUGACGCAGAUGGGGCGCAUAGGGGCCGCGCGGGCCAAUGCGUCGGUCACGUGAUGCAAUGCGGGCAUUGUCAGCCGCACGAGCACAGGAGUAUAAAGAGGCCUUUACAGGUGAAGUAAUAAGCCAGACAAAGCAGCAGUGACUGGGACCAACUCACAAUGCACAUUAGUUUUGUCUAGAAGCUGUCAUGCUGUAUGUAUGAGAGAAGAGCAUGAGAUGUUAAGUUUUCUGUAUAUUUUGCAUUACUGUCUGAUUCACUGGAUAUGUGUAAACUACUGAAACCUUCCAACAACAGUUUUGUGGAGUGCACCUUCAAAUUACAAAGCACAUUCAUAAAAUCACGUCACAAUUUUUAGCUUAAUACAUGUAACAGUUCAUAUACAAAUUGACAAUUGUGGUAUUUGUUUUCCACAGUUGCAAUUAACCAACUAUUGGUGCUGAGGAAAAUGUUAGCACGUUCAUGAGGUCUUAAACAGCAUUGUAAAAAAGUCGUUAAUCAUCUAGCAAAGGAUACUUUGGUCGCAGGAUAACACAUGAACCAUCACUCACACAUUUAGCUGGGCCCAAAUCCCAAAUAUCCUGAAAAAAACAAGAAAUCAUCUUUUUCCUUCUUUCAAUCCUAUUUUUCACCGGUAGUUCUUCUUUCCCCAUUGAUCAUCUAUUGUUUAUCAGCUACAGUGUAAUGACCAAUAAUUAUUUUUAAUUGUACAAAUAAUAUAAUUUAUUGAACAUGAUUCUUCACUAAUGAAUUUUUAUGGUAAUACUGGAGACAAGAACUACAAGAAAAAACAUCCAAUAAUAUGUUGUAAAGGGAUAAAGGUUGCACAAAAUUGCAAUGAAAGUGGACAGGUUCGAAUAGAGAUUCCUAAAGGUCAGGGAAAAAAUAGAAUUGUGAUAUCACUCAAAAAUAAAAAUAAAAAGAAUACUUCCGAAGUUCUAUAUUGCAAUCCUGGUUCCAUAUAGCACCAUUGUAUGCAACUGGCGUUAUUUAGGGGUUCGUGAUGAUUCUUUAGAAAAGUGAUAGUUCUAUACAGCAACUAUCCCUCAACCCUCUUCCACUUAUUGGAUGUGAGGUCAGGUUGCGGGGGCAGCAGCUUACGCUGGCAACACCAGACAUCCCUCUCUCCAGCCACUUUGUCCAGUUCUUGGGGGAUCAGGAGGCAUUCCCAGUAGGUAGAUGCUAGCCUUGGAACGCCUCUCCAGUGUGUCAUGGCCUCCUCCCAGAGGGAUGUGCCAGUAACACCUUAACAGGAAGCUGUCCAGGAGGCGUCCUAACCAGAUGCGUAAGCGACCUCAUCUGGCACCGCUCGAUGCAGAGGAGGAGCAGCUGAUCCCCUUCCGAAUGAGCGAGCUUCUCACCCUACAGGAAGAGCUGGGACACCCAUUGGAGGAAUCUAAUUUCGGUCGUUUAUAAGCGGUAAGACUGGUCUAUAGGUAAGCGUGGGAAUGUAGAUCAACGAGUAAAUCAAGAGCUUCAUCUUUCGCCUCAGCUCUGUCUUUAACUCGACAGUCCGAUGCAGAGUCCCCUCUUCAGAACCCCUGAAUAGAUCUGACCAGGGAGGCUGAGAAGUGUGAGCCCCCUCUAGUUGGAACACCACCUCUGGUUCCCUUUCUUAAAAGGGGUACCACGGCCACCCAUGUCCGCCAAGCCAAAGGCACUGUCUCCGAUGUCCUAUGACAUUUAACAUAGGAUUGUAGAGAGCUAAAUACAACCAUGUAACCAAUGAAACAACAUAAUGACUAAAAACACUGAAGUAAACAAUUUCAUGAGGUUUACUCUCGUUGCUUUUGUGAAACUAUGUCGUAAUACCCUCACCAUGUUGAAUACUGUAUGCUGCAAAAAACAAGAUGCUCAAAUCAUGGAAAAGAUUGGUAUAUUUGCUCCUAUGUAAUGUUGUAUUCAACUUCAUAUCAAAUGUUAAUUUUACAAUGAAUUCAAUUAUUUUGAUUUUUAAAACAGUGUUUUGCCUUGAAAGAACAAACAUAGUCAAUUGCAAUACCUUUCAAUCAAAAGCAAAAAAUGGGACCAAAUAAAAAUGGUCGAGAUCAAUCACAUUCCCUCCCUGCCCACAGACGAACGUUUUGGUACAGUGGGUAUCAAAUUCUACACAUUCCUGUUCAAAUGGCAGGUUUUUGUGAUACAAAAAAAAUGAGACCAAGAUAAAUCAUUUCAAAACUUAUUUCCACCAUUUAUGAUCUUUAAUCUGUACAACUCAAUUGGGAAAAAAAACAAACAAAUCUAUUCAAGAGGGUGUCAUCGGCCCAUCACACAUUUUCCAACAUGCGUUGGAAGAUUUCAAAUUUGUUUUUACAAAAUGCAGCCAGACUGAGAUGUUUUCCUUUCUAACAUAAAGGCUCGGCCUUGCUACUCUUCCCCAUAGCCCAGAUGAAGACGAUGGAAGAUCGUUGUUGUUGUCAGUUGUACUAAACAGCCAAUAUUUUUGCACCCUUCUCCUGAUUGAUACCUUUGAACAAUGAGAUCCUUCUGAUGCCGUGGAAGCUCUCUGCGGACCAUGGCUUAUACUGCAGUACUACAAAAAUGCCAGGAUACUGACUGCUAGAACAUCUGAACCUUAUUUGGGGUUAAUCAGUUUAGUGUUAAAUGGUGCCAGGUGCAUGCUGACUCCACUUUAACAAGAGUGAAUGUGAUUGGCUUAUUCUGAACACACACAUCCCAUUUUCUAAUAGGGUGUGCACACUUGUGCAACCACAUUGUCUCAGCUUUUUUAUUUGUACUUCCAAUCUUGAAAUUAGGCCCAUUUCUUUUUUUAUCAAUUGAGUUGGACGUAUUAUAGUUCACGGCGGCCAACUGGUUACCAUCUCUGCCUCACAGUUCUGAGGACCCAGGUUCAAAUCCAGCCUUGCCUGUUUGGAGUUUGCAUAUAUUUUCUCCGUGCCUGAGUGGGUUUUCUAUGGGUACUACAGUUACCUCCCACAUCCCAAAAACAUGCAUGGUAGGUUAAUUGAAGACGCUAAAUUGCCCGUAGGUGUGACUGUGAGUGUGAAUGGUUGUUUGUUCAUAUGUGCCCUGCGACUGGCUGGCAACCAGUUUAGGGUGUACCCUGCCCCUCGGCUGAAUCUCGCUGGAAUAGGCUCCAGCAAGCCCGCGACCCUAGUGAGAAUAAGCGGUACGGAAAAUGAAUGACUAUUACAGUUCACACUGAGAGUGGAAAAUGUUUUUAAAUGAUGUAUCUUGGUCUUAUUUUUUUUUUCCUCCAAAAACGUCAAACAAGGUGUGUGUAGACUUUUUUAAUAUCCACUGUAACUAAUUAAUUAUCAUCACGGGGAAUAGUAGUGAUAGGCAUUUAUAUUUAUGUUAAACAUUGUAUCUUUUUCAAAAUGCUUUAUCUGUGUCUAAUAGAUAGAAUCCUAUAUACAGUGUUUUAUAAUUGAGACCCCUGUUCAUGACAGGGUAGGAUUUGAUAUUGCAGAAAAAAUAAAUGAUGGACCAACACUUUUUAUGGUGGAUGCCAAUGUCUCACUCAUAGAGCAUCGUAUAGUCCUGGAAUUGCGAGCAGAGAUUAAAAAUUGAGUGUUUUAAGUCUAUCUCUGUAAACCUCUGUAUUUCGUUGGUGUUUUAUUCCCUGAGGUCUUCUAGUACCCACAUUCGUUUAUUGAACAGAGAAACAGUCCAGGUCUUGAGCAGAUGCAGUGGGUCCUUAACCACGAGUCCACCGCAUCAUGCAUGAACAUGAAUCAUGAAGAGUCCUGCUUCCUCCCUGCUCUCAUCAAUGCCACAUUGACUUGUUGGUGAUUGUGGUAAAUGCUAUACUGUAGUGCCUUUGCUGUGUUGUGAAACUGGGUAUUGAUUGUAACAAAAGGGCCUGAGCUCAGGCACUCUAUUUAUUAUUGAAUCAAAUCAAUCUUAUUUUUCUAUGUAUGUGCUUGAAAUAAAUUUGCCCUUUUGUAAUAA